AUGGCCAUUGCGAAUCUGAAACAUGGCAAUACCACCUGCCCAGAAGACUGGAUUGGAUUUGGAAGUAAAUGUUUUCAUUUUUCUGAACACACAAGUAACUGGACAUCCAGCCAGAUCUCCUGUAUGGAACUGGGGGCCCAUCUAACUCAGUUUGGCCGUCAGGAGGAGCUGAAUUUCCUGAAUAGAAAAAAUGGGCAUUCAGCUGCCUGGAUUGGCCUGUACAGAGAGUCAUCUGAGCAGCCUUGGAUGUGGACAAACAACAAUGAAUAUAACAACUUGGUUCCCAUCCGCGGAGACGGAAACCAUGCCUACCUGAGUGACAGAGGGAUCAGCAGUGGCAGGGACUACAUAUGUAGGAGCUGGAUUUGUAGCAAGCCCAAGAGCUAUACUUUAGUGGAUUCACAGCUUGUGUAGAGAGUGUGUCAAAGUAAUCAUGAGAGAUCUGUAACAUGUUUUCUACAGUCACAGCAUUAUUUUUUUAUCUUAUAUAAAUAUCCCAAGCAAUUCAUAUUCUGUGGUGUCAUCAGUGAUGAAAAUUAUCACAGGCGACUAUACUUACGGGUACUUGGGAGAGUAUGGGUGAUCCUAAAUUAAGUAAGUGUUUUGGUAUGGGUUGGCCAUAUGAAUUACAAUCAUAUCAGUAUUAGUGACCCCCCAAUUUUAUGGCCAGACAAUGCAGUUUUUUCAUUAGUUUCUACUUUGAAUGACAGGUACUUUUAAAAAUGAAGGGAGGAACUGGGCAGUGGUGACAGAUGCCUUUAAUCCCAGCACUUGGGAGGCAGAGGCAG